AUGAAAAUACUCAUAUUAGUCGUCUCAGUUUUAACACUAGCCUGCAAUUCCAAUUCGGAUCAAAAUUACCAGAAAUUAGCUGUAAGCCUAUUAAAUUUACUUGAUCGACCAGAUACUUCAUCAAUAUGGUCACCAACAAGUAUUGGUCUAGCAUUAAGCAUGUGUGCAGCAGGUGCCAAAGUAAAUACUCUCCAUCAAUUGCUUUUUGCUCUCGAUGCUGUGACAAUCGGUCAAUUGAACACUGAAUCUAAAGAGAUCAUUAGUAAUGUGAUUGGAAAACUCUCAAAAUCUCAAAUAAUUGUGGCCGAUCGUCUAUAUGUUCAAAAUACAUACAAACUCUAUCAGAAUUAUAAGCAUGAUCUAAAUACGUUCUACAACGCCGAUAUUGUGCGAAUAGAUUUUUCUAUGCAAAAUGCUGCCGCUAAUACUAUUAAUAAAUGGGUUUCACAACAAACAAAAAAUUUGAUCAAAAAUAUUAUUUCAUCCCAUGAUGUAAACUCACUCACUCGUCUAAUUCUUAUCAACUGUCUUUAUUUUAAAGCUCAAUGGCUUAUACCAUUCAGCAAUGAUUCAACAACAACAAAACCAUUUCAAAUAACCAAAACAAAUACUAUUAAUGUUCAAAUGAUGCAGAUUAGCAGUGAGUCUUUUUCCUAUGUAAAUGCAACAGACAGUAUUAAGGCACAAAUUGUUGAAAUUCCAUUCAAUACUACAAAAAACAAUAAAAACCUUCAGCUUGUAUUCACUAUUAUUCUACCAAAUCAAGGUGUCACAUUGGCAACUGUUCAGAAAAAACUCAGUUCAAGCACCUUAACAAGACUUUUAAACUCUGUUAAACAAGUAUUUAUACAAUUAUCAUUACCAAAAUUUAAAACUCAAUCGACAUUUGAUCUGACGAAAUCACUUCAAACUACUAAUGUAACUGAUGUUUUUGAUAAGACGAAAGCUAAUCUAAAAGGUAUUAGUCCAAGUCAACCGCCUCCUCUUUACGUUACUAGCGUAAUUCAUAAAGCAGUUAUCGAUGUCGACGAAAAUGGUGUGACGGCAGCAGCUGUAACGGCAGUUCUUAUUGCUGGAGGAUCCCUACCUACUGAAAAAAUAGUGUUCAAUUGUAAUCGACCAUUUUUAUAUUUAAUUCUAGAAAAAACCAGUGGACUCGUUCUUUUUGUUGGAACCUAUUAUGGAAAAUAA